AAGAUGUGAUUUUAUUAAAGACGUUCGCAACCUUCCGUUGAAAACGACGAAUAGUUUAUUUAUAAAGUUCGUACAAUCAAAACUAAAUCAAAAAUGGUGCUCUAUAAUUUUAUAAUUUUAAUAAUCGUAUCGAUAUCGUUAUAUUUAUACUGGUGCGUGAAAAAAGCUCACUUGUAUUUUGAAAAACUCGGAAUACCUUACAUAAAGCCAACUCUGGUUCUCGGUAAUAUAAAAGACGUCGUGUUAUUACGAACAUCUAUAGCUGAAUGGUAUGCUGACAUGUAUAGACAACUAGACCCCCAUAAAUUGGGUGGAAUUUUCAUUGGAACACAACCUGUGAUAAUGAUCAGAGAUCCGGACCUCAUUAGGAAUAUUUUGGUCAGGGAUUUCGGGUACUUUUGCGAUCGCGGUUUCGACGUAGAUCCAGAAAUUGAACCAAUGAGUAAUCAUCUUUUCUUCAUGAAAGGCGACGACUGGAAAAAUUUGAGAAGAAACCUCACCAGUAUUUUUACAACUUCAAAAAUGAAAUUCAUGUUUUCUCUGGUGAGAACCUGCGGUGAGAAACUGAACGAAGUCAUUAAUGAGAAAACGUACGAUGAAUCUUUAGAGGCGAAAGAUCUAUUUUCAAGAUACACGUGUGACGUGAUAGGAAGCUGUGUGUUUGGAUUGGAUUCCAAGUCGUUGGAUAAUCCUAAUUCCGAAUUUAGAAUAGUGGGCAAAAAAAUAUUUCGAUUCAGAUUUAAAUCGCUUAUACGCAUGUUAAAGGUGAAAAUACCCAAAAGCCUGAUUAAAUUGCUAGAAAUCACCUUGAUGGAUAGAAAAACUCAGAAUUUCUUCAGAGAUAUAAUUUACAAUACUGUCAACUACCGAGAAAGAAAUGAUAUUGUACGAAACGACUUGCUAGAUUUGUUGAUUGCGUUGAAACAUGAUGAUACGUGUAUUUUAAACGUUUCUAAAGAAGACGAAGAAGAUUUGAAAAAAUUCCUCAAGCAAGUUGGAUCUCACGCUGAAGACAAAAACGAUACAAAAAUCACAAACGAAGUCAUGGCUGCUCAAGCACUGCUCUUUUUCCUCGCUGGAUUCGAGACGUCUUCAACAAACCUCACCUACGUAUUAUUGGAAUUAGCUCAAAAUAAACACAUCCAAGAUAAAGUUCGACAUGAAAUUCACCAAGUCCUUUCUUCGAACAACGAUGAACUCAAUUACGACGUUUUGAAACAAAUGACCUACACAGAUAUGGUGAUCGCAGAAGCACUUCGAAAAUACCCUCCGCUCGCUUUGCUAUUCAGAACAGCUGUACAAAAUUAUCAAGUACCAGGGUCAAAGGUGAUAAUACCAACAGGCACUCAAAUCAUAAUUUCGAUAAAUGGAUUACAUAUGGAUGAGAAAUACUUCGACAAUCCGCAAGAAUUUCGUCCAGAGCGUUUCAGUGGUGUCGAAGAAGAAAAGUCGUUUACGUAUUUACCAUUUGGAGAUGGGCCUAGAUACUGCAUAGGUUCACGUUUUAGUAAACUAACAGUGAAAACAGGCCUGAUUUACGCACUGAAGAAUUUCUCCUAUCGAAUUUCACCACGAAUGAAAUUUCCUCUGAAAUUUGAAAAAAAUUUCGGAUUGUUGUCUCCCAGUAAUGAAAUUUUACUCGUACGAGAGAAGAUUACUUCAGCAUGUGUUUAAAUCACUAUGGAAAAUUAAGAGUGAAAAUAUCAAAGGAAGAAAUAUUGUUGAACUUAUUGGAAUGGUGGUUUUGUCAAUUUGGGAAAAUCAAGGAGCAGAAAAAAUCUUUACACGAAUAAAGAAACUCAUUUGAUCAGUUGAUAAUUUUAAUUACUCGUUCAAAUAUUUACCGACAAAGUUCAAUGAAAUUGUUAAACGAUGCUUCGAGUUUUAUGUAAUCCACAUUUUUACACUGAAAAAAAAAAUAUAUUUGUUUAUUGUAGACAA